AUGACUAUUACUACUACUACUACUACUACUACUACUACUACUACUACUACUACUACUACUACUACUACUACUACUACUACUACUACUACUACUACUACUACUACUACUACUACUACUACUACUACUACUACUACUACUACUACUACUACUACUACUACUACUACUACUACUACUACUACUACUACUACUACUACUACUACUACUACUACUACUACUACUACUACUACUACUACUACUACUACUACUACUACUACUACUACUACUACUACUACUACUACUACUACUACUGCUACUCAAAUAACGUAG